CGUUCACAGAGCGCAAAUGGGAGUCUCUGACGUGCGCUUUCGAACUUUGUACCCCCCGAAUUCUCACCGCAACUUCCGCCACGCGCGAUGCGGUUCACCAAGCCCUCAUGGGUCAUUCACCAAGACGUAACGACGCGGAACGACCCGCUGAGCGCGAAGCGCCUCUCCAUCUUCUCCGUGCACGUCCACCCGGACGGCUCGCGCAUCGCGACGGGCGGGCUCGACGCCAAGGUGCGCAUAUGGAGCACGAAGCCGAUCCUCAACGAGACCUCGGAGCUCGCGAACCGCCCGCCCAAGUCGCUGUGCACGCUCAGCAUGCACACGGGCCCUGUGCUCGUCGUCCGCUGGGCGCACUCGGGCCGCUGGCUCGCGAGCGGGAGCGACGACGAGAUUGUGAUGAUUUGGGAUUUGGACCCGUCUGGUAGGGGGAAGGUGUUUGGGUCGAACGAGGUGAAUGUGGAGGGGUGGAAGCCGAUGAAGCGGCUGCCGGGGCACGAGAGUGACGUGACGGACGUCGCAUGGUCGCCAGAAGACCGCUAUCUCGCGUCGGUCGGCCUGGACUCGCAGGUGAUCGUGUGGUGCGGCUACACGCUCGAGCGGAUACGCAAGCUCGACCAGCACCACGGUUUCGUCAAGGGCGUGUGCUGGGACCCCGUCGGCGAGUUCCUCGCGACGCAGUCGGACGACAAGUCGGUCAAGAUAUGGCGGACGACGGAUUGGGAGCUGGAGGCGGAGAUACGGAAGCCGUUUGAAGAUUCGCCGGGGAGCACAUUUUUCCGGAGACUAAGUUGGUCACCAGAUGGCGCGCAUAUAACCGCGUCGAACGCGACGAACAACAAGGGAUUUGUGUUUAUUGCCGCUGUCAUCACCCGGGGCUCUUGGACGUCGGAAAUCAGCCUCGUUGGACAUGAAAAUACAGUAGAAGUAGCAUCAUAUAAUCCCCAUAUCUUCCUCCGCAAUCCCUCUCAACCCCUGGCCACAGCCAACAUAUGCUCCGUCGUCGCCCUCGGCGCAGACGACAGGUCCAUCUCCAUCUGGCAGACCAAGUCUGCCCGCCCGCUGAUCGUCGCCCGCGAAGUGUUCGAGCGGCAAAUCAUGGACCUCAGCUGGUCGUGGGACGGUCUUACCCUAUACGCGGCCUCGUCUGACGGGACCAUCGCCGUGUUCAAUUUCGACCCCGACGAGCUCGAGGGCAUCGCGCCGCACAGCGCACAGGAGCACUACCUCGCGAAAUUCGGCUUCGUGUCUCCACCACUACCCGAGGGUUUCUCACACGGCGCCUCUGCGCUCGCGGACGCGGACGCGCAAAGACCGAGUGUCGCACGCAUGACGCCGCCUCCCUCCCCUUCGCGCUCGCCCGAUCGCGGGCAGUCUGUUGGCUUUGGCGGUGUUAACGGUGCCGGCGAGAGGAUCAACACGCUUGUGGCUAAGCGGGGGAAGAAUAAGAAACGGGUGCAGCCGAUGCUCAUGGCGAACGUGCCCUCUGCCUCGACCGCCGCGGCCCGCAGCAGCCACGCUGCCGCCGCCGCCGCCUCCACGUCCGCCCCCAUGUCCAGCCGGGCCGAGAUCAAAGUCCAGUCCCUCCCGCUCCCCACACACUCCUCGUCCAUCAAAUCGCGACACACGUCGGACUCGCAUUCCGCGUCACCGCGCACCUCCACGCUCGGCUUCGGCGACGACAUGGACAUGGACGUGCCCAUCGACGCGCUCGACACCGCAGGGUCGUCCCCGCACGGCAACAGCAUCAGCAUGAACAACAACAAGGGCAAGCGCAAGGCGUCCGUGCUCGACCUCGUCGACGAGCGCGGCGAGCGCCCGAGCAAGCCGCGCACGCUCGGCGGGGACCGCACGCGCGAGCCUGUCGUCGUUGUGCGCGAGCUUGCUUCGUCGGCGUCGGCGUCUUCGUAUGCGGCGCCGGGGCCCUCUGUGCCGCAUUAUGCUGAGGGGGAUGUUAUGCUGCCUGUUGCACCGCUGAUGAGCUAUCUGAGCGCUAAGGUGGAGGGCACGGAGGACGUGUUGGAGGUGAGGAACGCCGAGGGGGGUGCUAGUGGGUACAACGAGGUGAUGUUCACGAGCGGGAAGCAGACGCAGUGGCUCGACUAUCUGCCCUCGCCGGUGCUGGCGCUCGCUGUGUCGAGCUAUUUCUGCGCGGUCGCGAUGCACGAUGGAUCUGUGAAUGUUUAUUCGCAUACGGGCCGGAGGUUGAUGCCUACACUGUGCCUCGGCUCGCCGUGCUCGGUGAUGCACGGCUGCAAGGGCUCGCUCAUGGUGCUCUCCGCAUCUGGGCAGCUCACAUCCAUAAACGUAAAGAAACAAACCGCGCACUUUCCGCCCGUCUCCGUCCGCCCCCUGCUCAACACGCCCAACAGCGCGAUCGUCUCGGCCGCCGUACGGCCGAACGGCGUGCCCGUGCUGCAGUGCUCGAGCGGCGCGGCGCACGCGUACGACGCGCGGUUAUGUGCGUGGACGAAGCUCAGCGAGCGGUGGUGGGCGGAGGGCUCGGACGCGUGGCAGGGGCGGCAGCGUUCUGGCCCCGCUUUGAGCGUGUCGUCGCGCGCCGUCGAUAAGGGGGCGUUGGCGGCGGUGGAGAGUGCGCUUGCUGGUGCGGCUGAGGAGAAUACAAGUCAGAGUCAGGCUGUUGGCGGCGGCGGGGGUGGUGGUGGUGGCGCGGAAGGAGGAAGGGGAGGGGCGGCGAUCGCGGUGCGGCCCGAGUGGUGGGGUACGGCGCUGACGCUGGGUCAUUUGGAGAGCAAGAUGCAUGCGGCGAGGGCGCUGGACAGUGCGGCGGAGUAUAAGCAGGCGCUGCUGGUGUACACGAAGAAGAUCGCGGAUGAGGGAUUCAGGGGCAAGGCGGAGGAGCUUAUCAGGGAGUUUUAUGGGCCGGUGUAUUGGCGGCCUGGGCGGGAGGACGGGAGCUGGACGCCGUCUGUGCUUGGGUUCAGUAAACGAGACCUUUUGCGCGAGGUGUUGGGUAUCUUUGCGCGCAGCAAGACGCUGGCAAAGCUCGCUUUGGACUGGCAGGAUACGCUCAAGAGGGCGGGUACUGAUGAAUUUGUGUGAUGAUGGUUUGGUUCUGCUGGUCGUUCUGUAACUUAUGGUUUUACUUGCUACUGUACUUCUGAUACUAGUAUGAUUGUU